CUCGGAACUAACGCAUACGCGAUUUCCGUCAAGUUCGUACGUAUAUAACUGCUAUCGAUGAUCGUUAAACGUAUCAGUCGUGUUUGAUCGAGCUUCACCAAACACACACGAGACUUACGAACAAUCGAAAAAUGGCAUACAAGAUGUUCUCCGUCGGUCUGGUACUCGCAUUCGCCGGCAUGUGCUUGUGCCAACAACAAUCGACUUCCAGCUCACAAUCGCAAUACCCACAGUCUACGGCCGUGUCUCAGUCGUCGUUCCAGACGGGAUCGGCAGCCGCCCUGCAACAGCCGCAGACCAAAUUGGAAGACAUCGAACGCGACACUCUGGCAGCCGCUUUCGGACAGAAAACACAACAGCCGUCCAGUAAUAAACCGUCGUCUGUGGCCCCCUCAGUCCCUCAACAACUGCAAUCGCAACAACCGCCACAGUCUUACCAAGCGAUCCCGCAACAACAAUACUUCGUGCAACCUUACCAAGCACUACCCCAGCAGUUCUACAUGCAACCGUACCAGACCCAACAACAGUACUUGGCACAACCUUACCAGAUGGCUAUCGACUACGCCGGUGUACAGUACUCGGUCGUCGCCCCCAACUCUUACCCCGGUAACCAGAUUUACCAACAAUACUACGUGCCAGCUGUCCCUCAACCGUCGGCUGUUCCUGAAUACGUGACCAAACAAUCUUUCCCGGCCACCGCUGCCGCCGCUCCUGCUCAAGUUCAACAGGAAUACAAACAACAACAAUUUUCCGCCCCCGCACAAGCUCAACAAGUGUACAAACAACAGCAAUUCGUCGCCGCCCCUGCUCAAGCCCAACAAGAAUACAAACAACAACAAUUCGCCACCGCCCCCGCUCAAGCCCAACAAGAAUACAAACAACAACAAUUCGCCGCCGCCCCCGCUCAAGCCCAACAAGAAUACAAGCAACAACAGUUCAACGCUUUGGCUCAAGCUCAACAACAGUACAAACAAGUGCAACAACAAUACGUCGUGCCGUCCCCCGCAUACCAAUACGUCCAACAGCCAGCCGCCCCAUCCUCCAACGGUCCAGCCGAUUACUCGUACUCCACCCGUCAUCCAGCCACCACCGCUGUCCAGUUCAAAGCCCCGACAGCCGCCGUCCAACCCCAAUACCAGUACAACGUAUUGCCGCAACAGUACCAACAACAACCCCAAUACUACUACACCGUGUCCGCUACCGAACAGCCGCGCGUCCAACAGUCAGCUAAGAGCAUAUUCUCGUCCGGAGUCAAGUCCACCACGCCCACUCCGUUGGUCAAGGAACAAUUCGCUUACAAGUUCGAAUCGUCACCCCAACAACAACCCGGUGCCGCUUAUAGCACGCUCAGAUACUCCGCUUAAACGGCGCAAGUGCAUUUUCGUCGAGGAUCCGUGGCAGGCGCAUCGUUAUACAAUAUUAUUGUAUAUUAUGGUGCCGUCGAUUGUAUAUACGCACAGUACGCGUAAUUAUUCGUUGUACGGUUAUUAGAUAUCACUAUUAUUAUUAAUUAAUUACUACUAGUGCGUUGCAGCACAAAUAUUAUAUAUAGGAUAUUUAUUUCCCCCCAGCGAUUUUCACACACUGCGGCUGUAGGUCGAUACGACUGAGCGCUGUAAUGUAUGUGUGGACGCAUAUGUCCCUAAGAAAAAAUAUAUGUAAUUGUUUGUUAUUAUUGUAAUUAUUUUGGUUUAAAAAUAAAUGUGAAAACACUUAAAUCUAUGGACCAU